CGCACCCGUGGCCAGGGAGGGGCGGGCGCGGCUGAACAUUAACCCCGGGCGGCGGCCAGCGCUCCCCGGGCGCAGCCCCGGCACCCCAGGAACAGCGGCAAUGAGGGGGCUCGGUUACCGCUACCAGCUCCUGCCCGACCAGGACGAGGAGCUGCCCAUGGGAUGCGAGGACCCAGCUGGAGAGGGGCAGCGGGGCUGGGAGGGAGCCCCGGCAGCAGCGGAGGAGGAGCCGAGCAGGCUGGUGCUGAGCACGCCCAGCAGCAUCCUGCGGGACAGGGACAUCGAGGAGGACUCUCGAUGGAUCUCAGGUCAGCGCUGGGGCAGGGGAGGACGCUCAGCCGGCCAGCACCGACUGAGGCCGCUGUGCCCCAGCUGGGCCCCCAGCUGCCCCCGCGGCUGACGCAGCAGCCCUGGCACCUGCUCUACUCCACCGGCCGGGACGGCUUCAGCCUGCGGACGCUGUACCGGAGCGGGGCCCGGCCGGACUCGCCGGCCCUGCUGCUCAUCAGGGACACGGAGGCGCAGGCUUUCGGUGCCUUCUCCGCCACCGCCAUUCGCAGCAGCAGCGGCUUCUACGGCACGGGGGAGACCUUCCUCUUCUCCUUCUGCCCCGAGCUGAAGGUGUUCAGGUGGACGGGCAGGAACGACUUCUUUGUGAACGGGGAUGUGAAUCUGCUGAUGGUCGGUGGGGGCAGCGGCAGGUUUGGGCUGUGGCUGGACGGGGACCUGCACCGCGGGGGCAGCCAGCGCUGCGAGACUUUCGACAACGAGAUCCUCUCCCAGCGGGAGGAGUUCUGCAUCCAGGAUCUGGAAAUGUGGGGCCUGGCCUGACCCCAACAAAGGCACCCAAGGAAAAAGGUGCAGGAGAGGGGAUUCUUUGGACUGAUGUCUUGAGCACAGCUGCUCCCUGACAGCACCUGCAGAGCCUGCGGGAUGCCUCCAGCCUCACCCCCUCCUCCUUUCACCUGUUCCCAAUAAUAUCCCGAUUUCACGGGGAAAGAGCAGCCGGUGGGGGCAGCGUGAUUGGAAAAUACAGCAGCGGGGCUCAGGCCUGCAGUGCUGCUGCCGUGUGGCCGGGGAGGCACAAUGGGCCCACAAUGGCACAGCAAAAGCAGUGACACUCUGGGACUGAGGGAGCCCAGGCAGCCUCUGCCCCAGGGCUGGCUCUGGCACUGCUGGGGACAGCACGGCCACCAUUCCUCAAUAAACUUCUCCUGGCCCCAUCCUUGCCCCUUGAGUGGCUCUGUGAAGGUGUGCAGGACAUGGUAGGGAGCAGGCCAGCUGUGACAGCCAUCUCCUGUCCCAGCCUGGGCUGUGUGGCCACAGAAGAGUGGGAGGUCAGCCUGGGGUAAGCUCCAGGGACCCAUCCCACCCUCUGUCUGUCACCCUGUGAGCACCAGGGCUGCCUCCUCAGGAAGGGAUGACAAGAGCCCUUCCCAGCCAGAGCUCCACAACCUGUUGCCUCCUGCCUGGCUGACAGGGUUUAGCCUCAUUCCUGGAGGCUGAGCCAGCCCUCCUCCUCCUCCUCCUCCUCCUCCUCCUCCUCGUCCA